AUGAAAAGAAGAGAGCGUAGUUGGAUGUAUGAUAGACUCGACGGGCGCAAUCUUAAGCCCGACUUUCUCAAGGGGGUUGGAGAGUUCAUUGAGUUUUGCAAAGAGCAUCCAACAUGCAAUGAUGGUGACAAAAUAAGAUGCCCGUGCCCCUUGUGUGAUAACAGGCGUUUUCAUGAUACUGAAACAGUUAGAGUACAUUUGUACAAGAAGGGCUUUGUUCGUAAUUACUAUCAAUGGAUAUGUCAAGGGGAAAGCUUAGUAGAGUCCUCGCGUGUUCAGCCAAAUCAAUAUCGGGAUAUGGUUAUUGAUGCUCUUGGAAAUAAUCAAGAGCAUUUGGUGAAUGAAGAGGGUAAUUCAGUUGAAGAAGAACCAAAUGAUGAAGCUAAGAAGUUUAUAGACCUUCUAAAGGCAGCUGGAGAUCCAUUAUAUGAAGGGAGCAAACUCUCUGUGUUGGAGAUGGCAUCAAGAAUUGCAAGUUUGAAAUGUGAAUUCAACUUACAACACAGGUGUGUGGAUGGGUUUGCAUCUUUGAUGAAUGAUGCGAUUCCAAAUAACAACCAAAUGGGUAGAACUUUCAAUAGCACAAAGAAGGUUCUUGAGGGCUUGGAACUUCCUCAUGAGAGGAUCCACACAUGCCCUAAAGGUUGUUUGCUCUUCUGGAAAGGCGAUGCACAGUUAGAUAAAUGUAGAGUAUGCGGAAGUGAUCGGUAUAAGAAGACUGCAAAGGGUAAGCUUAUUCCAGCAAAAGUUCUAAUCUAUUUUCCAAUCACACCGAGGUUGCAAAGGUUGUAUGCUACCAAGAACAUUUCGGAGGAUAUGACUUGGCAUGCCAAGAAUCCCCGAGUUCAAAACACCUUCGCACAUCCUAGUGAUAGUCAAGCGUGGAAGCACUUGGAUACAACCUUUCCUAAUUUCGCAUCAGAGCCACGAAAUGUCAGGCUUGGUUUGUGCACGGAUGGAUUUGCCCCCCAUGGUAAAUUUGGAUCCCAAUAUUCAUGUUGGCCAGUUAUUCUUACACCAUACAACUUGCCUCCAUCGAUGUGUAUGAAAAGACCAUUCAUGUUCCUUUCUUUGCUCGUUCCCGGUCCUAAAAAUCCUAAAGGAAACUUGGAUGUGUACAUGCAACCACUCAUUGAAGAGUUGAAACAAUUAUGGGAGGUUGGGGCUAUGACUUAUGACAUCUCAAGCAAGCAGAAUUUCAACCUCCGCGCAGCCCUUUUGUGGACUAUUAGUGAUUUUCCUGCAUAUGGAAUGCUAUCUGGAUGGUCCACGGCCGGAAAGAAGGCUUGCCCUUAUUGUAUGGAUAAAAGCAAGGCAUUUUGGCUUGAACAUGGAGGUAAAGUUUCAUGGUUUGAUUGCCAUCGACAAUUCCUUCCACAUGAUCACCCUUUUCGAAAGAAUAAAACAGCUUUCUGCAAAAACAAAGUUGAAAAUGGCAUGGGUCCGCAUAUAAUGUGUGGAGAAGAAUUGUGGCAAUGCGUGAAGGACUUGCCUAAAGCAACUGAUGGUCCUGAAGCUCUUAAGAAGUUGAAGAGUGCCAAAAUGGGUUGGUUCAAACAAAGUAUUCUAUGGGAACUCCCAUAUUGGAAGGAUUUGCUUCUUCGUCACAACUUGGAUGUCAUGCACAUUGAAAAGAACUUUUUUGACCAACUCAUAAACACUGUGAUGGAUGUGAAAGGUAACACCUCGGACACCACUAGUGCAAGGAAAGAUAUGGCUAAGUAUUGUAAACGUCGGCAGUUAGAGCUUGGAAAUGGAAAUCAAACCAUGCCAAAAGCACCCUUUGCACUUGACAAGGCUCAAAAGAAGGUGUUAUGUGAAUGGGUUCGAGACUUGAAAUUCCCGGAUGCUUAUGCUUCAAACUUGAGCAGGUGUGUUAAUCUUCAAUCAUGCAAGCUGUAUGGAAUGAAGAGCCACGAUUGUCAUGUCUUCAUGGAGAGGUUACUUCCGGUUGCUUUGAAGGAGUUGCUUCCCUUGCAUGUUUGGAAGGCAAUUACAGAGAUUAGUCAAUUCUUCCGAGACUUAUGCGCCCCCACUAUCAAAGCGAGUGACAUAGAUCGCUUGGAUAAGAAUAUAGCUGAGAUCUUGUGCAAGCUAGAGAAGAUUUUUCCACCUGCAUUUUUCAACUCAAUGGAACACUUGCCAGUUCAUCUUCCACAUGAGGCAAAGGUUGGUGGUCCCGUCCAGUACAGGUGGAUGUACCCAUUUGAAAGGUUUCUUAACCAUUUGAAGCGUAAGGUUGGAAAUAAGGCACGUGUAGAAGGCUCCAUAUGCAAUGCUUACCUAAUGGAGGAGAUUACGAACUUUUGUUCCCACUAUUUUCAACCUGAGGUUGACACCAAAGCAAGGGAUCUAGGAAGAAAUGUCCAUUCGGUUGUUGAGAACCAACAUGACGUUAAUAUCCCCGAGAUGUUCAGGGUGGAUUGUGGUCGUGCACCUACUAAUGGCCGUUUGCGCUUCUUGCAAGACAUGGAGUAUGAUCGAGCACAUCUUUAUGUGCUUGCAAACAGUGGCAUCUUAGGUGAAUAUGAAAGGUAA